UGCAUCCGUAUGGGCUCCGGCGUGCGCUAGUGGUGGCGGUGGUAGUUGACCGACGGCGACGACGCGGAGCGGAUAUCAUACGCAAUUCUAUAUUACUGUAUCGCGCGGCGUCGUUCGCAUCCCCGUCCCGCACCUCGCCACCCGGCGUGUCCGUGUCUGGCGCGCGCGGUCCGCGAGAUACCGUCGUCGUGCGACGGCAUUACACCGGCUGUACACCGUAUAUCGGCGACCCAUUCAUCAGUCCCAUUCAUUCAUUAUUCGCACGUCGCACUGUCAUACGACUGAGUCACGUUUUGUAGCGACGUCGGCCAUGGAAUCGCCGGACACCGGUCCGACCGCCAAAUGUUGCUGCACGGCGUCCGCUUGUCGUCGUGCUGUUCGUCGGCAUCGAGGUGACUGCCCUGUGGCUGGGGACAGAAGUGCAGGCCGCACAUUCGUUUAAGUACCACUGCUCGUAUAUUAUCGUAUACGGCACUGUCGUUUGGCCGUCGACGACGAAAGAUUGCAUUUCACAUCUCUUCGUUUCCGCGAUGCACGCUGUAACAUCACGUCCACUGCCGCGUGGACCGGUUGACGGCGGUCACUGUGUUUGAGUAUACGCGCGUUCGCACUACGACACGACCACCGACUAUACAGCGGUGACGGCCGUCGAGUGGAUAGGACCGUCGCGUGUGAGCGGUUCGUAGUUCGAUGCAAGUACCUGUAUACCUGUAUAUACACUAGCUGUUCUAAGAUACAUUUGUGUAGUUUAAAAAAUAACAACCGGAGACCGUGGAAACGCCAAAGUUGUCAAAAAUGAUGUUGAUCGCGAUGUCGUUGGAGCCCGCAAUGGUCGACGAACGACGCGUCAAGAGUAAUCAAGCGGUCAAGAUGACACGGAAAAGUUACGAUGACCAUCACAGAAGAUAUGACACUGGUUCAUUUGUUGGCGAUGAUAGCUAUCGUGACGAGUGCCAACGUCCCAGUGACAGCGACGAUCGGACGUCAGUUGUACUAGAAAUAAUAAGACCGCGAGUUAAGCUUAAUAACUUUGGCAGCGGCGACGUCCGAAAUUGGGAACGAUCGGAUUGGGCGACCUGUGACUACGGUGAAAAGCCAGGAAACUUUGACGGGACCGUCGAUUGGACGAAACCUCAAGCAGACGCAAACAUUGGCACGACGGUCGACGGCGCCACAGACGGUUAUCAUCCGGUCCGGCGACGACUUUUGGCGGACUGUGAACGCAUCGAGACCGCAACGGCUGUAGCAGCGGACGACGCGGACGACGCAUCACCCGAAGACCGACGGCGGCGGCGGCACGGCACACAGCAAUGGUUCGGCAAUUGCUGGCGACCGAAACCGUCAUCAGCGGUCCCCGACAUCCAUCAGAAUCACCAUCGUCGGGUGCACCGGCACCGUCACCAUCACCAUCAUACGCACCGUUUGCACAUGUGGACGAGCAGUUGCUGCUGGUGGCUGUUGGUGUUCUAUGCGGUGGUUGUGGUCGUUGCGUCGUUUGCCCGAGCCGCGCAUUCCGCCAAAGACGUUCCAGUUUACCACGUAAGAGCAGUCGCGGGGCAGCAAGCUCGUUUACCUUGUGAUAUCUCGUUGGUAUCCGACGAAGAAGAUGAUUUAUCAGAUCCAGGAGGUGAUUCACCGCCCCUCGACGGCGAAAGCUCCCUUGCAUCUGGAGCAAAUUUACGCGAUGCUGUACUAUUGGUUUUAUGGUACCGUGAUGACCUGGGCACACCAAUUUACAGCGUGGACGCCAGAUCUUCUUCUACGCAUACUCAUCAGCCGUAUGACUCCACGUCGUAUCAUUUGAUGACCACGGGUGCAGAAAGAUGGUCUGACCAACGAGUGUUUGGUGACCGAGCACAUUUUCAUGUUAACGCAGACAAAACAGAAGGAGAAUUGAAAUCGAAAAUAAAUAGUCAAAAGAAAUCGACUGUCUCGACAUAUUAUUCAUCGGAAUUACGAAUCGACCGGGUCAGCGUAAAAGACGCGAUUCACCUUUACCGGUGCCGAGUUGAUUUUAGAUUAGCUCAAACCCGCAAUUCUAAAGUGAAUCUAACUGUGGUCGUGCCACCGGAUCGCAUGGAAAUUAUGGACUUGGCCACGGGUCGACAGCUACUGCGACGACAAGACGGAGAUAGCGUUAAUAGCAAAAAUGAUCGAGGGUCGGAGGCGUCUACCACGACUACCACGACGGUCGUAGGGCCUUAUGUCGAGGGAUCGGACGUGCGUGUUCGCUGCCGGGUAUAUGGAGGCAAACCAAGACCUCGUGUAGCAUGGUUUCGAGAUAAUCGGUUAUUAAAACCAGAAUCGGACGAUCCUGAUGAUAUCAAUGUUGCUCAACAACAAGACGUCACCGCUAUUGAUGGUUAUGCGACAGCAACUGUUACAUCAAGCUCGUCCACUUCCACCGGAGGUGACAACUCGGAAGGAGUUUUAGAAGUAGAUUUGACUUUGACAGGAUUAACGCGUAGCGAUUUGCACACCGAACUCACUUGUCGAGUGUGGAAUUACUUUUACGACGACGAGGAGUAUUCAAUUAUUGUUACCAAUAGUGGUUCGAGUAAUAUUGAUACUAGUAUUGAAAAAGAAAACAUGAGCGGAGAAGUUGAUCCCAGUCGUUGGACCCUGAGACAACGUCAGUCUUCGCUGACAGCCGUCGUUCAUGUGGAUAUGAAUUUUCCACCAUUGACUGUUCAAAUCCUACCUAUCGCAGAAAAUGGCCACUUUAGUGGUAUUGACAACGAUUUACAGCCACCUCCGUUCACACAGUCUUCGGCGAAAAUGACACCAUUACCGUUACCCGAAGACGAUGAUCGUUUGUCUGUGCACAGCAGUAAGAUUCAAGAACAACGUCAGCUGCAACCAUUAACGGCUGGGAGGAAAUACGAGUUACCGUGUCGGGCUUAUGGGUCACGACCGCCGGCAAAGCUAACGUGGUGGAUGGAUGGUCGGCGAUUAGAUACUACACGUGAGACGACUUCAACCGACGGAAACUCAACGACAAGCGUAUUGACGUUCGUACCUGUUAAACCGACGACCAAAUCACGUUAUCAAGAACCCGGAGAAGCUGACGAGCACAGAACGUCUGACUAUGACGGCAGGUUAACUUGUAGGGCCGAAAACCCACAGCACCAACUGUCGACGUCCCAGCGAAAGCACACAAUAGCGGCCGGUAGUGAUUCGUCUGAUGAUGCCGGAACGCCUUUCAUACAAAGCACAUGGUUGUUACGGAUACAAUAUGUUCCUGAGACUCAAAUCACAUUGGGUACUAACUUACGAGCAGAUGACAUACGUGAGGGUACAGACGUGUAUUUCGAUUGUACGGUGGAUGCGGUGCCACCUGCGUAUAAAGUCCAAUGGAAACGAGAUGGCAUAGAACUACAUCACAAUGCUGGUGGAGGUGGUUCAAUAUCUGGAAGCGGAUCAACUACGACAAUUAUUAUCAGUAAUCAGUCAUUGGUGUUACAAGGAGUCAGCCGCCGUGAGGCCGGUCAUUAUACAUGUGGUGCUGAAAAUGCUGAAGGUCCUGGACCUCAUAGCAAAUCAAUUCACCUCGAUGUUCUCUACGCUCCGACGUGUACACCAAGUAACAGUGCUGGGAAAGCUGUUCAACGAGUGGUUUACGGUGUGGCAAAAAAAGAAACCGUAACAAUUGCUUGCCAUGUACAGGCUAAUCCUGCACCGACAGAAUAUCGUUGGUCGUUCAACAAUACAAUUUCUUCAAUUGCUACUGGUGGUGGAGCUGGGUCUACCUCGGCGGGAUCCUUGAUCAAACAACGGUUCAGUAGUAUUGGAAAUUUAGCCGGUUCUUCUUUGAACUCAUCGAGAGUGUUAACUUAUGCUCCGAGAACAGAUUUUGACUAUGGAACGGUUGAAUGUUGGGCUCGAAACCGAGUGGGUAUGCAAGCGCAUCCCUGCGUCUAUCAUGUCAUUGCUGCAGGUCGACCAGAUCGUGUAACUAAUUGUACGGUAGUGAACUCUAGAGCUGCCAUGAAUCUAAAUGGAACAAGAAGAUUAAGGAGUUCCAAAAACUCAGGAUCACACAUUUUUAUAAGAUGCACCGAAGGAUAUGACGGUGGCUUACCUCAACGUUUAUGGGCCGAAAUCAGAGAGGAUUCUAAAGUCCAACAUUCGGACUUAGGUGGUGACGAUUUAAGUGGAGAUUUAGUACUUAAUGUAACAGGUAUUGAUGAACAAGACCAACCCGGUUUCUCAGAUUUAAAUCCAGAUGAAAAUAAAAAAUCAGAAAAUGCAGCUUCUCCGCCGGUAAAAGUAUUUGUAGCAAGAGGUUUGAAACUAGGAGCUGUUUAUAGAGUUGAUGUGAUGGCUAGCAAUGCCAAAGGAAGGUCAGAACCAUUAACAUUAAUGGUAUCAAUACCAAUGGGGAUGACGGGAGUUGAUUCUGAUGAACAAAACCAGAACGGAAUUUCAAAUACAAUGACCACAAUAGAAGGUCAAGAUCCCGACCGAGCCCGGAAUUUACUAUUGGAACAACAACGAGAACAGGAACGUGAUCGAAGGCUGCAAGAGAAUGGUGGUGGCGUGGGAGAUUUUCGGAUGACGCGUGCCAUGGCUAUUGUGCUGCUCGUAGCCGGGUCGUUGGUAGUGGUCGCUUGCGGAGCGGCUACAUUUCUGCGGUACCGUCGAGACGACGACGACGACGACGACAACGAUGACGACGACCGGGACAACGGCCGUGGACCCGAACGGACUGUGGUGGACGCAGGCACGGUGUGCAUCGCAGGUGCAGGGAACAAGCCGGAAGGACCGGUGCACUGUCAACCGGCCAAUGCAGACGGUUGCGCGGUUCCGCCGAACGUCGCGAUGCCGAACAACAACAACAACAUCGGUGUGAACUUCGGCAAUGGCAACAACAACAGUGGCAAAAACAUGACUUCGACCGACAACAGCAAGGAAUAUCACUGCGGUAACGUCGUUGGCGGCCGAGUGGUAGGCGGCCUGCAGAGGAUCUGCAGCAACACGAUCGGCAGGGGCGGUGCAGUCCCGAUCGGUGCAUCUUGCGCAGACAGCGGUGGAUCGCAGCAGGAAAUCGUCUCUGGCACGCCGAUCGCGCUCGUGCCGCCUUCACGUGCGUCUCCGACGACCCUUUUGCGCGGUGCGUCGUCCAUCAACAACAACGCGCAGCAGUCGUCGUACGGCGCUACGUGCAAGCCAUCAUUACAGCAGAAAAUGUCAUUGUCGGCCACCGCCUCCGUCGACCAACCGGUACAGGGCCGGAUACCACAGUCGUACCACAGCAGAAAUCCGGACAUCAUACCGGCGCCGCUGAUGUCGCCUGGCACCGUUUACAAUAACUACAACAGCGAUCUUGGCGACCCAGCUGACUCCAUGACUCUCAUCAUGGCUUCGUCCACGUCAUCAUCUCCAAUACAUAACCACCGUCAACAGCAAGUCCACCACCAGCACAACCGUUACAACAACCCGCCGGGACAAUACCACCCGGGCGUCAUGACACUUCGUCGGCCCGUCGUUAUUAACACACAAUAUUAUGGCGGAGGCGGUGGCGGCGGUGGUAGCACUCUGCAGAGAAACAACCUACAACAACCCGACCCGAUCGUCAUGGUCAAAGGCGUCUCAGUGGGAGCUGUCAAUUAUCCGGCGACGGCGUCUUCGGCCGCGGCUUACUGCACCCUCCCACGUUCCUCUUACCACCACCACCACCAACACCACCAAAACCACAACCUGCACAACCACCAACAUCAUCAUCAACAGCAACAGCAACACUGGCAGCAGCAGCAGCAGCAGCAGCAACAACAACAGGCGCAUCACCCGCAGCAGCAGCAGCACCAACUUCCCGCUAACCUGGAAGUGGACGUGGUCGAACCGCCGCCGCCGCCCUGGCCACCGCACAAUCUCACCGGCGCUUACCCGGCGACUGUGAUCGUCGUCCCGUCACCGCCGUUGCCCUCACCACCGGUACAGCAGUCGACGCCGGCCGCCGCGGUCAUCGUUCCCGCGCCGGACAAACCUCAAGCGGUCAACAAACGAGAGAGCGCAGUAUGACGACAUCGGAGCACGGAUGUUUGAACGAUAUAUUAUAAAAUAUAAAAUUAUUAUUAUUUUACUGUUAUCGAAUAGAAAAUAGUUGUAAGUAUAAUAUAAAAUUAUUAUUCAAUUUCGUUCAUUUUGUUUGUAUUACUUUUGUCGUUAUUAUUUCGUUUUCGUUAUUGUUGGAAUUUUUAUUUCGGCAUGUAAAUUAUUAUUAUUAUUAUAAUUAAUUGUUUACGACUUCUUGUACCAUACUAUACCUGACGUGUGUAAAAUCGUACACGCAUAUAUUAUACACGCACCCAUAUACACACCCAUACCCAUGUCCACUCACACACAUACGUUGUUCACUUGUUUGCACCAAAUUUAUAAUUUCCCCCUCCACCCAAAAAAAUUUCAACACAGUAAGCAGAACAUGUUUUUUUUAUAUAUUAUAUAUUAUACAAAUAUAAAAUACAGUCGUAUACUAUAAAUAGUAGUAAUGAUAAAAUUAUUAUUAUUACUAUUAUUAUUAUUAUUAUUAUUAUUAUUAUUAUUAUUAUUAUUAUUAUACAAUAAUUAUUAUUGAUAUUUAAUUACAAAAAAAGAUUUUUAUUAAUACAAUUGUAUUCACAAUAUGUUCGUUAAUUUUUUAAUUCUGUACAAAUACCAUAAAAAAAAAUUAAAAAUAUUAUUAUUGCAUUGUAUUUAUAAUAAUAUGUAAUAAAGUUUCAUUAUUUCAAAUG